UGACAUAGAAAGAAACGAGGAGAGAUUGAAAUUGAUCAAUAUGACGAAGAGCUAGAUUCUACAUCAGGAGGUGAGACUUCACAAGAUAAGAUUUUCAACGGAUUGCAUAGACAGAACUGAAGAGGACAUUAGAAAUUGAUCAAAAGGAUGACAAUACAAGUGGAGCUGGAGAUGCAACCGAUCCUUCAUUAGAUGGGAAGUUGAUAUUUGCUGUAGGAAUUGAGAGUAAAGAGGUAAAUUCAAGUGACAGUGUAUAUGGUGAAGAAAAUGCAAAUGAAUCAUCUAAAGAAGAAAAAUCAGAUAGUGCUGUGACAGAACAAAGGGAAAAAGUAAAUGACAAAUGUGAAGAAGAGAACACAUCAAUACUGUAGUUUUACUGCAAAACGACGAAAAAAAGGUAAUCCAAAAAACUGUAGAAGGGGAUAUAACUGAUGGUGUAGUGCCAGCUCCAGCAGAAGGAAAUGUAACCAAAAGCAAUAAAAGUGACUCUGUGACUGCUGAAGAAGAACUUCAUUGUUGAUCCAGUAGGAAAAAGCCCAGAUGCUUCAUUAGAACACACUCAGGAGCAUUCAUUAAGUGACAUUGAUAAUUUUGAAAAUUUAAAUAAAACUACAUCUGACAAAGAUCUGGGCAUAGGUCACAAAGGGUCUGAAAGUGAGGUGAAUUUACAUACACAAAAGAAUAAGAAAGACAGCUUUGACAAGCCGUCAGAUAUGGGUCAGUGUUAUCCUAGUCCACCUGAAAGAAGCUCUAGUGGAAAACCAAGGAAAAACAUCAGUGAAGAAAGUAAAAAGGAGAGAGGACGUAAUGCCUUCAGGCAGCUACCAGAAAGCCAUCACUGGAGUGACCAUGACACAAAGGUGUACAGAGAGGGCUACCCUAACAAAAAGGACAAUCCUAAAUUAAAUCACAAUUUGAAAUUUUACCAGGGUACAUUGUCUUCAUGCCCAGAUGGUGAUUUUAUUGAUAACAUCCAUAAAAAAUGGUGGGGUGACUAUGAUCUCUUGGAGCGCCACCAUGGCUAUAUUCAGUGGUUAUUUCCAAUUCGAGAAAGUGGCAUGAACUGGCAGGCCCAGGAGCUGCAGAUGCAUGAGGCAAAGGCAAUACAAAAAGAUGAAAAGGCUUCAGAACGUUUCUUAAAGUCCUAUGAGAUGAUGCUGGAUUUUUAUGGCAUGAAGUUAGUAGAUCGCAAUAAUGGACAAGUUCAGCGUUCCGAAAAAUGGAAGGAGCGAUUUCACCAUCUAAAUCACUCAAUGCACAACUAUCUCCGAAUCACACGCAUCCUAAAGUGUCUUGGAGAAAUGGGACUGGAACAUUUCAAAAAACCAUUUAUACGUUUUAUUCUUAAUGAAGCCAUUUAUAAAGGUACACUUGAUCGCACACUAGACAGCUGCCUUAAUUACUGGGUUGGAACUUUGCGGAAGGAUGAAGAUAGGCAAGAGAUGGAAGAAUACACCAAACAGUUGUUCCACAAGAAGGACAAUUCACAGUUAACUUUAAUGUGGUUGUAAUUUUUAAUUUUUUUUUAAAUGAGAUAGUAUUAUUUUGCAAGUGAUAUGCCUUGGCACUGAUUGUACAUGAUUGCAAUAUGUUGUUUUAGUGUAGAAAAUAAUGAUGGUGGUUAUUUUUAAAGGAAGAAUUAAAUACCUAUAUUUUUCCAUGCCAAGUUCAUGUAGGAGAAAUACUUUUUGAAAUGUUGCCUGAAAUACCUUUGCAAUGUUGUGGUGCAGCAAUGACUAGAUGGAGUGAAGAUAAAGAUGUUGCAGCAUGACUGUAAAUAAUGAACUUCUGGCAAGGUUGACUGAUAAUUGUCAACAGUUACGUUAUAAUAGAACCAUUCUUCAAUUAGAGUAACAAGAUAUCUGCUAGGCUAUGAAUUUGCAUCUUCUGUGGACUAUGCCACACUGCAUAUGAACUGUGAAUUGUGUCAUAUCCAAUUAGGAGUGCCUAGAACUAUUCCUAAACAUUUUCAGGACAGUAACUAUGCUUGUGAUUUGCUAAACUUUAAUUUAUCUGCAGCUUUGGGCUCAUCCUGAAGACAGGGGUCCUGAUAGUGCAAAUGUUUGCUGACAAGGAAAUGUUGAUAAACAUGCUAUGGGAGACUUAGGCAUUACUGUUCUAAAAUAUUGUGCAUUGGCAAGCAUUUAUGGAUGUAUGGUUGUGAAGAUACUGAGAAGAGCAUGUGGUGGAGUACUUCUGUGAAGGUGAUGAGUUUGUUCUUCUUGUGCUGUAAACUCAGUGAGAGAAAUACUUAAAAAAAGAUUGUUAAUUGUAUUUCUCUGCAAAUUUUGUCUAAGAUGCCACUGACAUUGUUGGGUUGCAAAAUGGCAUAGGAAGAUGCUCUGCUUUUGGGGAGGGCAAACUCUAGCUGACAGUGAAGAUAUUGCCCAUUCUUGCCUCCUCAGUAUCUUUUUUUGAGGGGGUGGCUGCUCCAUUUGCCCACUGGGUUCCUAGCCUACUGAAUUAGAAUCUGCAGCAGCUGCUAUGAGGGCAACGACUUUCAAAUAUGACAUUCCUGCUUUUAUUAAACAUCGUGCAUAAUAAAUGCUUUGCUAAAUUGUAUUCAUGAAUCUUGGAAUUGACAUAAUGUUUUUAUAAUUAAACAAUAGUGAAUUUUUAUUUGCUCAGCAGCCAUUUAUGACAAAUGUUUAUUUCUUUCAUGGCAUGAAUAAAAUGUGAAUUCUUAGUUGGAAAUGUUUUCAUUACAUGAUUUGCUGAUAAGACAGGAGGAGUUCAUUGUAAACAGGUGUAAAAAAAUUGCACUACUAAUCUGUGAAAACUGAUAUCAUAAAUUUUCAAACGGAAUAUUAUAUCUUCUGUAAUACAAUUACUAGGUUUAUUGAAAUAAUUUUCCUUGUCACUAAACAAAGUACUGAGUCGUAGAGGUCUUGCUGUCAAGGCCACAUUGAGGCUGUCCAUAUCUCUUGCUUUUCUCUGUCAUAAGAAGAGUCCAUAAACAAACUUAGUUGCUGUUCCUCUUAGUACUUUUUGAUGAUUAAAUUGUAGUUUGUAAAGUGCAAUUUUCAAUUAAACAAAGUGAAAAAAAUUUGCAGUAUUUUUAAGGUGAUGUGCAUUUCAAGUGAGUGAUAAUUUGUGUAGAAGUUUGUGGAUUUCUCAUCAACAAUUAACAGAAAAAUUAGUUCACACUAGAAGACUUUGGGCUAAAUCUUCAAGUAUUUUUGGGAGAGGAGAGGUGUACUGCAUUUAGAUUAAGACAGUGUCUGCAAUUUUGUGAAGUCUAUCCGCUGCCAUUUUCAAGUGUUAUAAUAAGGUUCACACGGCAUGUUUCUAUAGUUGUUUAAUUGUUUUGCCAUACAUAAAAUGCUCCUCAAAUGUUUUGCUUUACCACCUGUACUUCUUCAAUUGUACCUAUUGUUUCAAUGUAUUUAUUUUUUUAACUGAUGAACCUCUUUAUGUACGUAUGUGUGUACAUGUAUACAUUUGUGCAUAUAAUAUAAGCAUAUGUGUGUGUGCAUACAUACAUACUGUUUUCUAUAGGAGUUAUAGUUAUUAACAGACUGGUCAAACUCUCUUUUGUAGAUAAUGCAUAUCAAGAUCUUUGAAAUUAAAUUUAUUGCUCUUUCACAGUUGUGUCAACAUUACACUGAGUAAAGUCUUUGAAAAACUU